ACGAUUACAGCGAGAAGUGUGCGCGCACGCGUACCUCACCGACUAGUCACCGUUCGCUCGCCUGUUCGCUCAUUUGGCGCCUUUCCUGCCGCGUGCGUGUCGUUGUCCACUGUAGCGGGGGGCGGUCCGGCGCCGCACCACACAUUUCGCCUACUUGGGGCUUGGCGUAUAUUUCAGUCUCUGUGAAACACGUUUGCGCAUUCAGUUGCGAAUUUAAUUUAAGCCGAAGCGGUGCUCGUUGCCACUCACUGCUUUCAGUCGCUUUCGAUUGACUGUUUUCGAAUUUCAAUUUUGUACUUAACUAACUUUAUUUUGUUUUGUUUUGCAACACCAUGCAAUUGAAUAAUAAAAUUUGAGUAGUUUUGAGUGGAAUUUGCGGUCGCAUAAAUUAUUUGUUUGAUGUCCAGCAAAAACAAAAUAACAACCAGCUGAUUGCCACUACACGCGGUGUAAUUUACGGUGUCGUUGAGCUAAAACAAAUAAAUAAAUCGAGAAAAUAAACGAAAUGGGACAGAUUUAGAUGUGAAAAUCGACAUUUGAACGUUUUGGAGAGCGAAAACAGCUGCUCACGUUAAGCCAACAGCUCACCGGUUGCCGCCUUUCACCAUUUCUCGCUUAAGUGAUUUGUGUACUUAUGAGUCCAGGCGACGGGUUUCGAUUGUAAAUAAAUACCGUUUAUAUCAGAAAGCGCUUAAAAGCCGAUUAACUGUAAAUUUUAAAUUUCGGUUGUUUUUGCUGUGUGUGUGCUUAAGUUGUGUUGCAGUUUUGUUGAAAAGUAAAUCGCGAAACUAUUCCCUUUCUAACCAACUUCCAGCACGAAUAUCAAAAGCCAGCAACAACAUGUUUAAUCCGCGAAGCCAACUAGAUAAGAUCAUCAUCACAGCAAUGGAUCGUUUCGUGUGGUUCGUUCUGCUCGUUGUCAUGUCGCACUUGGUGACCGAGUUCACACGCGUCACCGGCUAUGCGCGCGGCAACCGCCACGAUGUGGUUCUACUCAAUGAUACUUCCCUUCGACCGAUGCCAGUGGCGAAUAUGAUCUUUUACCCCGGCGAGGAGUACGGCCUCUACGACCAGCAGAUGUCGCAAUACAACAACAUAUAUCCAAAUGGCAACUACAACAACAGAUACGGCAACAAUAACAACUAUAAUAACAACAACAAUCCCAACAAUCAACCAAACUCGGAGCCCGCCGCAUUAGGCUUUCCCUUCAGCUUUCGUCCGCUAAUUGACAGUAUCUUCGAGAUUCCGAUAUCCACUCUGCGCGCUGUCAACAAUCUGGUGGGGCGUUUAACCGGCAGCUAUCAACACCAGGUGCCAUCAAUGACCGCAGGCGUGCUCAAGUCCGCGAAUGACAACGCGAACCCGGACGAGCUGCAGGCCCUACGCUCGCUGCCAGCCGGCGGUGGCGUCGAACGCGCAAGGACGGCGAAAACGGCACCAACAGACUUCGACUCUCCCGCGGCGCCACAAUCACAGCCAGACGACACUGACAAUGCUAACAGAAACAAUAUGGGAAGCAAUCUUACCAUAAGGCAGCAAAGGUCGUUGCUGCGUGAGCUGAACGCGUAAAUCGAAGCGCUCUCGGCUGCGCUCAACCACUUUCCCAAGCGAAGAGGAAAUGGGGGGAAGGA